AUGGUGCUAAUUACGCAAAACAAACCGGCAACGAGCAAACCAAAGCAGGUUCGAAUGGUCUUACCUGUGAUCAUUCCGGAUUCUUCACCUUCGCCCCCUCCCUUACCUGGAUGUAAUAGCCACCCGGACUCAUGCACUGAUUGUAAAUGCCAGACUGUCUAUAUUCAAUGUGAAGAAUUACCAUUUGGUUGGGAAAAAGUAGAAGACACACAUUAUGGAACUUAUUACAUUGACCAUGUGAAUAAGCGCACACAGUAUGAGAACCCGGUAGCCCAGGCUAAGAAGUCUCAAGUGUCAGGGGUUGAUGAUGUGAUUGGCUCAUGCAGCACUUUUCCACGCCAGAAGAAGAUACAAGAGCCUGCAAAACGUUCUGCCAGUGAGUCAGAUAUGAAUGGUCAUGUUCUAGGUUCAGAUAACAAGAUGAAGCUUUUUUUUACAAAAAAUCCAGCUGAGCUGAAAGGGGAAAUAAUCAAAACGACACUUGUAAAAAGUGUCCGAGGCUUUGGCUUCACCAUAGUUGGUGGGGACCAUUCUGAUCAGGAGUUUCUCCAAAUCAAAAACGUUGUGCCUAAUGGGCCAGCCUACAUAGAUGGCCAACUGAAAACUGGUGACAUUCUUGUUUAUGUAAAUGAGAAAUGUGUUCUUGGUUACACACAUCAGGAUGUCAUUCUACUUUUUCAAGCAAUUCUCCCAGGAGAUGAAGUGAUCCUUACAGUGUGCCGUGGGUACACACUUCCCUUUGAUCCUGAUGAUCCAAAUACAGAAAUUGUCACAAGAGUUGCUGUUUCUCUUCCUUCAGAGAGUGGUACUACUAAUGUUGGGCCCUCCAAUUCACUUGGCUAUGGCAAUGGAAGUAACCUGGAUCAGCUGAACACAUCUCAGAAAAGCCUAAAAUCUCUUCCUGAUCUGGCUCGUUCUACAACUGACAAUAAUUCAAAUCUGAGCUCCUCCCAAAGAAGUCAGAGUGGGGAUUUACUUAACUCUGACAACACUCCUGAUGUACUAAUUCCCAACAGUAACAAGCCAGAAAUUCUGGUAGUGAACAUUGUACGUGGUGCAAUGGGAUUUGGAUUUACCAUAGCAGACAGCUCAUAUGGCCAAAGAGUUAAACAGAUACUUGACAAGACUCGAUGUAAGAAUCUAAUGGAAGGAGAUGUCUUGUUAGAAAUUAACAAUAAUAAUGUAAAGGACAUGUCACAUGCAGAGGUUGUUCAAGUGCUUAAGGACUGUCCAAAAGGAGAUGAAACCACAAUUGUUGUUCAGAGAGGAGGUAUUUCUUCUCCUGGAAAAUCGAGAAGACAAGCAAAAUUGGUAAGUUAUUUUUAUUUUCUUUUUUAUUGA